CCGUUCACUUUAUUGCUAUGAAUCGUUUGCAGCGAUGCCGAACUGGCCUAUUUGCCCCUCAAGCAGUAACGUGGCCCAAUGUUUUCGUGUAAACUGGUUAUAAUUUGCUUCUCCGUGGAGUUAGCUUUCGGGCAGAGAUAUAACUCUUCAUGCGAAUGCGGAAUUGCGGGCACAAACCGUCGCAUAGUGGGUGGCACCACAGCCCAGCCACACGAAUACCCCUGGCUCGUGGCACUUAUGCUGGGCUCCAAGCUGCACUGUGGCGGUGCCAUCAUAUCUGAUCUGCAUAUCCUUACAGCCGGCCACUGCAUUACGUUUGGGGUUCACUUUCGAGAUCUUAAAGUGCACGUAGGCAUGCACGAUCGCUUGGACAACACCUUCGAAAUUAGGAGAGUAAGCAACGGCAUCAAACAUCCCAGGUUCACCUCGAACGCCGUGCGGGACAUCAAUGAUCUCGCUGUGCUAACUCUUGACAAGAAACUACACUUCGACGAUAAAGUUCGGCCUAUUUGUUUACCGCGUGAAGACAUGGACUUUGACAAUCUUCCCCUUACUGUUGCUGGUUGGGGUAAGAUAAGACAGGGAGCCCUAACAUCUUCAAGACACCUAUUGGAAACCAAAGUGAAGAUAGUGCCAGAAGAGAAAUGUAAAAAGACGCAAAUUUAUAAAGACAACCUCGUUAGCAACACAAUGAUGUGCGCAUACGCUUAUGGAAAAGACGCUUGCCAGGGGGAUAGUGGUGGACCACUGUUUUCUACUCAUUCAAGUACUGGUAACAGAAAGUGGUAUCAUGUUGGAAUCGUGUCAUGGGGCAUUGAUUGUGCCAUGCCGGAUUACCCAGAAUGUGGCGUUCCUUCGGACACAAUAGUGUCCCAGCGAAUAGUGGGUGGGAGACGGGCAGAGCCUUACUCAUUUCCAUGGACGGUGGCGAUCAUCAAAAGUGAUCGAAUGCACUGCGGGGGCGCUAUCAUUACAGACAGACACGUGCUAAGUGCCGGGCACUGCUUCAAAUGGGACGACCACAAAGACAUGCACGUCCUCAUCGGCUUGGACAACUUAGACGACUUAAAACAAGUUGAGAAGAGGAACAUUUCCCACGUGAGCAUCCACGAGAACUUCACUUCGACUGCAGUGAGGGACGAAAACGACAUCGCGAUCGCUACGCUUACCUCACCCGUGACGUUUGGACCUACCAUCAUUCCUAUAUGCUUGCCUGAACCUGGACAAGAGUUCAGCCACCGAGUGGGUACCAUAGUGGGAUGGGGACGGAUAGCCCCAGAGGCCUCGGCAUCCAAAGUCCUUCUGAAGGCCACCCUCAAGAUCCUGAGCGACGAGGAGUGCACACAAUCCAAGCUGUCGCAACAUCUGAAGCCGACUAUGAUGUGCGCUUUCUCAAAGGGAAAGGAUGGAUGUCAGGGAGACAGCGGCGGGCCAUUUCUAGUAUUUGAAACAUCUGGAAAAUACGUACAAGCAGGCGUUGUAUCUUGGGGCAUUGGCUGUGCUGAUCCACGAUACCCAGGAGUCUACACGAAGGUUAGCAACUAUAUUGACUGGAUACAGAAAAACUCGGAAGAUGGAAAAACGUGCAAAUAAAUAAUUAUAAAUAAUACUUAGUAUACAAUUUUAA